AGGUCAAUUGCUAGGGGUUUUUUGCUAAUAGCGAAUCUAAGCGCUGCUCGUAAAAACGUUGAAGCGCGACAAAAUAAGUAAUAAAAAUUAACUACAAUUCCAUAAAAGCAUAUAUCUGAGUUCACUGCGACGCGACACAGCCAGCAUAUCCGCCAUCGGCUCGGCUGUGGGACGUGCAAUGUUUAGGAUCCGUGUCAAAAUGGGUCCGCAACGCAAUCACCACAACAACAACAACAAUGGCAUCAGCAACACCCAUGGCCGCAUCAAUAAGGAAUGGACCUGCUGCUUUGGCCUGCACGUACAUACCGCUACGCUCAUGAUUGGCCUCUGGCAUCUGUUCUUAAAUAUUCUGGCUCUGAGCGUGCUGGCUGUCAUUUGGCGCAAUCCGGAAAUGAUGGAUGAAUUGGAGAGCGGCAGCCAUGAUUUUACCGUCGAUCUGAAUGCACCGGCAUUGCCCACACCGUUGAGCAAAGUGGAUCCACCCUACGCCUAUCGUGAUCAUUCCUUCAACUAUCGUAAGCGUUACCAGAACUUUGAUAUGGGCGGGCUGGUGUGCACCUGCAUGAUAGCCAUCACCCUGAUGAUGAUCUAUGGAACUAUCAAGGGCAAGCCGUCGCAUCUUUUGCCCUUCUUCUGCUUGCAGUUGUUUGACUUUGCUAUAACUACUUUGACUGCUGCUGGUUACCUAUGCUAUCUGCAGGCCAUUCACCGUUUCAUCGCCGAGUCUCAUCGGCUGCCGUGGCGCGAGAAGCUGCUGGAGCUGCCCCCAGAGGAGCUCGUUGUGGUUGUGCUGGUGGUAUUCGUGUGCAUCGUGUUCCUUAAGGCCUAUUGCAUUGGCAUCGUCUGGCGCUGCUAUAAGUACUUGACGCUCCGGCAACAGCAUCUGCGCAGCUUGCUGCCCUGCGUCCUGCCCGAGAUGGCUGUGCGCGGUGGCAUUGGCGGAGGUGGCUUUGGAGCUGAGGAGCGAGCAUAUUCGACUCUGCUGCCCAACUAUGAUGAGGCAAUUGCUCAAUAUCUGAAGCAGGCACCACCGCCGUCCUACCAGGUGGCCAUGUCCAACUAUCAGAAUGAGGACGAGACUGCGGCUGGCGGGGCGCAGGCUCAAUCAGACGGUGGCGGCAAUACCCCACUGUUUGUGGCACUGAAUGCUGGCGCUGGCAAUGCUGCACCCAAUAUGGAUGACAACCUGGACAACAACAACGACAUGCCGAACAACAACAAUACGGUUCAUGUGAAUGCCAACACGCCACCAAUGCGGCGCAGCGAGCAAGCGACUCAUGGCAGCGGCAACGUAUCAGAUGAUAACAACGACGACGAUGUGGAUCUGGAGGUUAUUGAUGCUGGCAUUGAUGUAAUCGAAGGUGCAGUUCCGCCACCGCCAUACAACGAUGUCGCAGCAGCUGCUGCUGCUGCUGCUGCUGGCCAUGCGCAAAUGGGGGAAUCGCAAUCGUCGCUCAGCCGCCAGGUGAACAUACCCGGCCAGGUGCCUGGACGCAACGAGAGUCAGGCCUAAGUUGUGAUUUCUUUAAAGCGUUUACAUGAUUAUUGUGUUGUGAGCAGAGACCUUCGCCCACACGCUUCCCUGUCUCUCCCCUGUCUAUCUCUCUCUCUCUCUUUAUAUAUACAUAUAUAUCUUGCCCAAACAUUAGCACAUUUGUAUUUUGUUUGCAAUUCAUUCCUCGUACCCCACUAUACCCUGUGCGCUCCCAUAGGGACAAAUCCAAACAGUUUAGUUUCUGCCACACUUUGUUCUGAAUUUUCUAUUAAUAUUGUAUACAAAAAAAAAAAAAAAAAAAAAAAAAAAAAAGAAAAACCAAAAAAAAAUAUUGGCAAAUGUUUUUGAAUAUAGAAAAUCAUUAUAAUGUAUACCUCUAGCCGUCGCGUAUUGUUGUUAAACUUGAACAC